UGCAUCGAUAUGUAUAUGUGUGCCUGCAACCGUGAAGUAUUGUAGCAGAAGGUAUAGCGUUGGAAUGUGCAGUGCACAACGAACGUCACUACGAAUGUAAACAGGGAGAACUGUCAAAAUUAAACAACGCAAACUCCAAGUUUUGUUAUCAGUGAGCUCGUGAGUUUUUGGGAAUGGUAAUAGAUUUAGGCGAAAGAAAAGGAUAACAUCACCGAAACCAUUAUCUGUUGCGUGCUAAAUUGCGUGCGUUUUGUGACAGGCAGUACGGCACAUAAUUUACUUCGAUAGAAAUUACAAACAGGAAGAAUUUGUUUUUCGCCAGAAGAAAUACCAGGAAGAGCAAGGACCGUACUGCGUUAGUUGAUGGUUGGAUGGAGGGUCAUGAAUCGAUGUAAAAUUUCUAUCAAUGGCCACGAUCAACCGUAAGCAACAAGCAUAGCAAGCGUACCACUGCAAUAAUCGAUAUCAUCGCAUUGUCAAGUUUAUCACCGUUCAAGCCCCGCCGAGCGGUUGUUCCGUUUCGGGAAAUAUUUCCAUGGUCGUUGCGGUUAGGCAACAAGUCACCGGUAGAGGAUGGUCGCCGGUAGAGGAGACGGUGCUCCGGUGCAGACAUGCGGUAUUACACCCACGAUGGAGAAGAACCAGGAGCAAAAAACGCCCGUUACCGAGCGUAUCGGGCUGGAUACGAAAGAUGCGUUACAGUGUCUCCACGACGACAUUGAGUCGAUGCUGAGCGGCCACGAGGAACGGUUUCGUCGGUUGUUUUGGUUGGAAAAGAUACGCUCAACGCUCGUCGGUACGUCGACCAGUCCGCUCGGUUGGUUUCCGGUGCUGGUUUCACUGAUGUGCGCCCUAUCGCUUACCGUAACCGGUUACUAUUGGUCGGCGGGUUUGCUGCUAGCGCUGCUGCUGCUUACAAUUUCCGUUGUGGUGCGCGAAAACAACCUGCGCAAGACGGAGGUCUAUCGGAAGCUGCGCACGGUUCUGCACGAAAUAAAGCUCGGCAUAGUGCUGUGCAAGGAGUGGACGAUCGAUAACUAUCCGCACUUGUGCAGCCCACUCUCGCCGUGCGUUACGCUCCAGUGGACGUACCGGGAUGGGCACGUGGUGAAUCUGCCCUGGGCGUUACUGGUGCGGGGCGAUCACAUCGUGAUGCGACCGGGCCAGGUAUCGCCCGGUACGUGCCGGGAGGUGGGCGGCCGUGGUCGACGGUUUAAAUGUGGUGAAACGUACGGACUGCAGCAACCGACGGAACCACCGAUCAAACCGAUCGCCCGUACACCGCUGCCGGAUUUGGUGUGCGUGGUCGAGGCGACACCCUAUCUGGACAUACUGCGCAAAUCGCUCGAAAGUUUUCUCGAUCGACCAAAAACCAUAAUCAAUCUGCAGCGCGAUCUGCUGGUAUCGCGCUGUCUGCAGCGCUGGGGCUUUGCUGUCAUCCUCUUCCUAACCGUGUCGAUCGGCAUACUGCGUAACGUUGGUCUGUAUCUGCAGGGCAAGCUGCCCACAAACUGGAUGAACGUGUUCCUGCUUAAUCCGACCGCUGCCGUACUUCCGCUGUUGCCGCUCAUCUUUCCCCUGCUCUGGGUAUCGAUCAAUCUGUGGGGUGUGGCAAGGCUCGAAACGCUCCUUUCCAUCCCGCAGGCCGUAAUGCGCGCCCAGGCACAGAAAUCAUUCGCCGAAGAUCUCGACACACCCACCGGUGAUCUCGAUCACGUGAAGCUGCCGCGUCGUACCGUUUUCUUCUACUGGUGGCAGCUGCUCAAGGGUCGAUCAGAACUUCUAGGGCGCAGUGCAAGCGUGGUACAGGUGCUCGGUACCAUAACGGCACUUUGCUGCGUCGAUAAAAAAGGUAUACUGUCGUGGCCUAACCCAACCGCGGAGAAAGUAUUCUUUCUGCGUAAUGCACGCGAAGGUGACCAUAAUACGGACCAGUCCGAGCAGAGCAGUCUCAACUCACAGUGCUGCCAGGAGCAUUACCACCCACUCUCACAUAUCAUCGAGCUGAGCUCACAGAAGGAACCGCUUGGAGCGAUAGCGGAGGUGCUAGAUCUUACGCACGACCAGCACAGCCCGUUCAAGCUCGAGUUUGACGAUCACGACUUCAAGAAUCAUCUUACGUCGCUGAAACCACUCGGUAUUGCUAUCCUGGUAAACACGUGCUGCCCACUGACGCAAGCACACUAUGCCAAGUUCUGUGGCCACGUAACGGCAGCCGCGAUGCUCGACAAGGAUCUUGUUCCGGUCACCAAUCGGUAUGCGAUUGUUGAGUCGAGUUUGAAUUGCUUUAUGCAUGGUCGGUGCCUAUGUGAGCUUGCCAAGCAGAUCGGAUUUUCACCCCAGGCCCGGGACAUAUUCCAGCUCGAAGGUCAAAUCUCGAGCUACCGCCAUCUGCAACCGGAUGUCGUACGCCGUGACAUUCGCUUUGCCCGUUCGCUACAGUUGGCGACGAAGGUAAAGGUCCCGUUUCCGCACUCGCUGUCGGUGGUGAUGCGCGAGAUCAACAACGGUUCACUGCAGCUGCUUACCCAGGGUACGGCGGACAUCGUGCUGGACUGCUGCGACGACUACUGGGACGGGCAGGAUUUGCAACCGCUGACGGAGAAGGAGCGGAAACGUGCGCAGGACUUUUACCAGCGUUCCGCCCUGACGGCGUACUGUACCGCCUUCGCGUAUCGUCCGCUGCGGCACGGCAUCAGCGGUGCACUGUCCGGUGGUCCGAAAGGUGGCAGUGUUGCCUAUCUGGAGCUACCGCCGGAAAGCAAACAUCGGCGGGAUCUGUAUCGGCGGGAAAAUUACAGCGAUCUGGUCGGUGGUGGCCAAUCACUGAUCGGUUGCGCUGACUGUGGUGCGGAUAAUGUGGGCAGUGGCACGGGCGGCGUUGGAGUCGUUGGUGGAUUACGCACCGGAAGUGUUGGGUUGAGUGGGCUGGGUGGGAUGGCACCGCUGGCGCAUCAUUCCAUCUCAACCGAUUCGCUACUGUUUACGGACAAUCGGGACGAUGACAUCUCGGACGUGGAUGGGUGUUACCGUAUGCAGUGCCACCAGGUGUUUAUCGGCAUGGUAACGAUGCAGUACCAGGCGCAGACGGAUAUUGUGCAGCUGAUCGAACGGCUCGAACGGGCCUGCAUCCGGUUCGUGCACUUCAGCAAGGAGAACGAGCUGCGGUCGCGCGUCUUCUCGGAGAAGAUGGGCCUGGAGAGUGGUUGGAACUGUCAUAUCUCGCUGCUGAGCGAUGCGGACAGCCGGGCCUCGACACCGACCCGUGACGAUGGUGCGGACGGUGGUGCAGACACCGGCAACGGUGGAUCCGAGACGGGUGAGACGUGCGGUGCGGAGCAGCGGAUACGUUUGCUAGAUGCCCUCCUAAUGCCCGGUACGCUCGAGUCAUCGAAACCGCUCAGCUCGUCCGCACCGUGCGCCAUCUCGAACCCGGACUCGAACAGUCUGCUCGAACCGGGCCAGUCCGGUGGUGGUGGUGGUGGUCGGGUAUCACCAGCACCGAGCGGUCUUACCACGUCCGGCGAAUGUGAAAUGGGCGAGCAGGAUCAGAAGCAGCAACAGCAGCAGCAGAAGGUGGUCGGUGCCGGUGGGCACUGUCGGUCGCUGAGCUGUCUCACCGACAGUACCGAGCAGAGCGCACCGAUCAACUUCGACAUGUCGAAUCGGGCCAAGUUGCCGCGCGGCAUUGAAAAUAUUCGGCCCCAUCUCGAGCAUGUCGAUAAUGUGCCGCUGCUGGUGUCACUGUUUACCGACUGUUCCGCGGAGGCGACACGCGAAAUGCUGAACAUCAUGCAACAGUACGGUGAGAUUGUCGUGUGUCUCGGUUCGUCCGCUUCCAACUCCAACUCGGAGAUCUUCCUGCAGGGCGACUGUUCGAUUGCGAUCGAACCGCUGUAUCCGCAGGUGUGCCAGGAGUUCCCGGCGUACAGUGAGUCGAACAUCUACAACAAUCGGGCCCGGUGCGGGACGGGACAGCGGGGGUUCGGUACACCGGUCGGUGCGCCGCUGCCCGACCGCUGCAAAACCAUCUCACCCGUCUAUUUGAGCCGGAUUCUCAACUCGAUCUCCUGCUCGAUAGCGACGUGCCGGGAUGAUCCGAUCUCGAUAGUGGCGGUGAUCGAGCUGUCGCGCCGCUUCAUGGCCGGUCUGUGGAGUUGCGUGCAGUACUGGGCGUGCUGUGGGGCAUCGCUCGCCAUUAUGAACACGAUCACCGCCAUACUGUCGCUGCCACCGAUGGUGGUACCGCUGCAUACGCUCUACCUGAUGUGCAUUGUGGUGCCGCUCGUUGCACUGACGCUGCUCCGCGUCGAACCGGAUCCGGCACUGAUGAAGCGUGCGACAGGCAAGAAGCAGAAAACGCUCAGCUCCCGCUUGGUGCUGUUUGUGCUUUGGUGCUACGGCAUCAAGUUUGCUAUUGCGAUCAUCAUACUGGUGCUCGCGUACUGUACGUUCCUGUCCCAUCCGAUCGAGCUGUUUGCCAGCGGAGGUGACGCCGCUCGACGCCGUGAGCAUGGUGGUGCCGAUCACGAUGCUGACGCUGGUGGUACGGAGGCGGUAGUAGAUCGCGCUAUCGGCGAACCCGAACAUGCACUGGCCGGUGAUCUACAUCUAGCCCGGUCCUUCAUACUGCUCGGCAUCGUCCUACACUUCGUCACGAUUUCCGCCUCGUUCGUGCAUCGUGAUUACAACUGCUUCAAGCGCAGCCCGCUGAGCAAUCUCUGCUGGGUAUCGGUAGUGGCACUGCUGCUGCUGGUACACCUGACACUGGUCGUACUGCAGCUCUGCACCGACAGCUACCUCUGGCAGGAGAUGGAACGUGUCUGGCCGAUCGUGCUGAGCAUCGUACUAACCGUGCUGGUCACCUUUUUUGCGAGUGAAUUCUUCAAGUGGGAAGAAAUCAAAGUCAACAAUCGCUACAUCCGCCGGGCGAGGCUAGACUUCGGUACGAAGCUCGGUAUGAACUCGCCAUUUUAAGAAAAAAAACACCCUUAAACCUACACGCCUAGCCAUUCGUGUGUUCCGUAUGUAUGGUUAUUUACAGUACGAAGUAAAAGAAGGAGAGAAAAAACCCCGUCACAUCGGUGUAGGUCAAUUGUGGUAGCUUUAAACGAGUUAAGAUUCUACCAGGAAUAUAUGUUUAAGCCAAACCCUGUCCAAAUAAUCCAUAUCGUAUAUGUAUCGUUUAUGUUCUGCAUAACGCGCGCCCGCAUUUCGGUGUCAUUACGAUCGAUGACUCCAUCCAUACCAUCAUGAUUAACGUUAGCUAAAGCGUUUGUUUUUUUAAUAGCUGUGUGUUUUUGUUUUAAUCUGUCGAACGAUUACUUCGCUUCCGAGAGCAGAAGUAAGGACAUUUGUUUUUUUAAUGAUUAGAAUAAGAUUUCUAUUUCGGAUGGUUAUAUUGAGCUGCUGACGAUAGAGAUUACCGAUGCGUUACAAUAAGCGUGCGUUGGUUAGUGGAAUGGUAUUGUUGCUGGCGAGAGAUUAUUUACGCGUUUUAGUUCAUCAUAUAUGUCCUUGCACGCGAAUGUAAGCUAUCUUUGGAAUAGUGCUCAUCACAGAUUCUUUUGUCAUUAAUGAAGCUCACUGAAUGAAGAAGAUUAAUCUUGUCUCAUUAUAGUUUUUUUUUGCGUACAAUGUAAUAGUAAAUAAAAUAAGCAAUACAAGAGCUUGCAAACAAAGGUAAGCAAAUCAUAACAGGCUACCCCUUGUAAGGGCAUUGGUUGAGGAAGGCUCCACAUAAUCGUCUGAGCCUCUCCAUAAUUGGUAAAUCAAUCAGUAAUUACCAUUAGGGCCCACCACAAAACGCGUGUGACAAAGGAUUUGACAGACAGUAAGAAAAAAAACGGGUUAGACAAGAGUUCGCAUCGCAUCGGCAAAAAAGACACAGAUUACAGAUUUUGCUAUUAUUAUUAUAAAGUUUUUGUUGUUGCAAAAAUAGACACUUCGCCCAGAACCGUAUGUAUUCACGAAUAAAUGCAACUUU